CUUGGAUUUUAAGCUACCUUUCCCACAACAUUGUGUUCAGCCUUUUUUCAAGUUACCAUAAGUUCUUUACAAUUUUUUUGGAAAAUUCUUGGAGUCAAGAACCAAAGCUAUAAAAACCCCUAGAUGCAGAUUGAAUAUAAUGUCAAUCUCCAAAAUAGUUUUCUAACUUUCUGAGGUCCACGAUCUCAAAUAUUUUACAAAUUGGAAGAAGAAAAUGAGUGCAAAAUCUUGUUUGGCUUUGGCUAUCAUUUUGUACUUCUGUUUAUUGCAAUGUUUUGCUGCCUCGGGUUCAACGAGGAAAGCCAAGAUAAUUCCAUGCAAAACCCUAGUGUUUUAUUUCCAUGAUAUCUUAUACAAUGGUCACAAUGCUAGGAAUGCAACGGCAGUCAUUGUCGGAGCUCCGGCUUGGGGAAACAGGACGAUACUCGCCGGACAAUUCCAUUUCGGCAACUUGGUCGUGUUCGACGAUCCAAUUACUUUGGAUAAUAACCUACAUUCGACGCCGGUGGGCCGCGCGCAAGGGUUUUAUAUGUAUGACAGUAAAGAGAUAUUCACGGCUUGGCUAGGUUUUUCCUUCGUCUUUAAUUCGACUAAGCACAAGGGUAGCAUUCAUUUCGCCGGAGCCGAUCCGGUGUUGAACAAGACAAAGGACAUUUCUGUGAUCGGAGGCACCGGAGAUUUCUUCAUGACUAGAGGGGUUGCCACUAUAAUGACGGACGCAUUUGAGGGGACAGUAUAUUUCCGGCUUCGUGUUGAGAUUAAUUUGUAUGAAUGUUGGUAGUGAAUUCCUUGAUGUGGCUAAUUAAUUUUGUCUUGAACCAUUAAUUCCUCUUUUCUUCUUCUUUUAAUUUUGCUUUCCUGUUGUAAUGUUGAUUCACUUCUCUGGCUUGCUUAGCAAAAGAAAAAGCUAGCUUGACUUGAAUUUAUUUUAUUUUUAUUUUUUUUUGAGGGGGGGGGGGGGGUGGG